CGAAAACCCUGCGUUGCGUCAAUUAUGAUUUUCCGUCUUAAUUUUCAAUCGAUUAAUCUUCUGAUCAGUGAUCACGUAAUCGCUACCAUUGUCAUGUUUAACGCUUCACUUCGCUACCCGCAAACAAACUGAUUCCAAGAUAAUUGCCCCCUCAAUGGUCUCUAGUGGAGGGCCUCAGCAUGCGAUUUUGCCGAGCAGCAAAAGGAAACGCAGGAUAGAGGAUAAUUUCAACUGUGGUCAAGAGGGUGCUAGCCUGAAAGAAAACCAAGACAAGAAAAAAGAUUCAGAUCAAAUGGACCCAAGUGUUGAAUCCGUGGAUCGUAUCUCGCAGUUGCCUGAUCAUGUUAUCCAUCACAUUUUAUCACACCUUCGUAAUGUCAAUGAUGCAGUUCGAACCAGUAUUUUGUCCAAGAAAUGGAGAGCACUGUGGCAUUCCUUUUCCAUUUUGGUUUUUGAUGAACGAAAGUUUGCUGCAAGAAUUGGAAAUGAAGAUAAUAAGGAGAUGAUGUUUAGAGAAUAUGUAUCUAUUUCUCUAUGUGACCGCCUUGUGAAAAAUUUGUACAUACAAAAAUUGGUGGUGCACAUAACCCCCCAUGACUUGUCAGAUGAUACCGAGUAUCUGAACUUAUGGCUAAAUAUUGCUAACGACAGAAACAUCAAAGAGUUAGAUCUCCAUGUUGGCAUCAAGAGUGGCAAGCGCUUUACUUUACCAUCAAUUGUCUUUUCAUCCAAAACAUUGACUGGGAUAAGGUUAAGUGGUUGCAAACUGGAAACCUGCGGUAAUAUAAUGCUUCCACAUUUGCAGAAGCUUUAUCUGCACAAACUGUACUUGGAUGAAUCUGUUAUUCAAAAUCUUAUAUCCUGUUGUCAUUCAAUUGAGGAUUUCAGAAUCAUAAAGUGCUCUGGUUUGAAGCAUUUACAUAUUUCUAAUCUCAUUCGACUCAAUAGAGUUGAGGUCCACCAUUGUACUCAACUGAAGAAGGUUCAGAUCGGUGCUCCUAAUCUUGACACAUUUUGGUUUUGUGGCAAGAGAACAUUUCCCUGUAAAGUUAGUUUGGAGGGGUGCGAUUCUCUGAAAAGGUUGACACUAGGGCAUCCUCAAGUGACUCGUGAUUUUUGUGAAAAUCAGAUCUCCAAUUUUCCCUUACUUGAAAAAUUGGAUCUAUGCAUUUCCAAUGACAAGAUUAAAUACAUUAUCUUUUCAAAUCCUCAUCUUCAGAAAUUUUCUUUGAAAGGUUGUAAGAAAUUGCGUUUUGUUCAAGUAUUUGCUCCUAAUCUUGUCUCCUUUGAGUGCAAGGGUGAGACUAUGCCCUUGGUUGAUUUUAACCCAUUCUGCCUCACGGAUGCCAAGCUUUCUUUUUUACCUAAACAAAAAGUUGUUGGAUUUGGUGAUAAGAUUUGGAUUAUGAUGAAAACAUUUAUUGGAAAGUUCGAAUCUGAAGGAUUUAAAUUGAUUCUCUACUCUAGCAAGAAUAUUAUUAUUUAUGAAGAUUUGUGCAAAGUCAAGUUACCUCCAGUGCCCGACCUCGGUUGUGAAAUUAUCAAAUCACCAGCAUGUAUUGAUGAUAUUUUGUUUAGUUUGUUGCGGACAUUGCACCCAGUGACUCUAUCGAUAAUUUCUCCCCUUGACAGUGAUUUCCCUAAGUCGGUGUAUGAAAUGAUAAAGGACAAAGACAAGGACCCAAUCUGUUGCAUAUAUAAUGCUCCCAGAAACAAAUGUUGGCGGCACUUCGUAAAGGAUGUUCACUUUGAGGACCUAAAUGAUAUGAAGUUUGAAGACAUCGAAGCUAAUGAAGACAAAAGGACUUCUAAUUGGUAUAAUUGGUUGAAGUCUGAGUAUACGACAUUGGAGUGUCGAAUGACUAAUCUUAGAUUGGACUGGAAUCCUCAUCAUGACAUGGAGACAUGAAGACUUGUUUAGAUAUGUUUGAUAGAAAAUUGUUUAAAGAUGGUUGUUUUAUGUAAUUUAUCCAUUUUGGCCAAGUGUUAUAUCAAAGUGUUGUUUAGUGGUUCAUUGGUAAUUUGUUCAAAGGAACAUAAAAUAUAUUUGAUCCUAAAGCCUUUUUUGGGUCUCUUUAUUUAA